AUGGGAAUAACCGUCCAAAACAUCACAGGAAACACAGCAAUGGUAAUUUGGCCAAAAAUGGCCAGCUGUGCUGACAGCUUUUACAGCAUCAUGUACCACCCUAACUGGAACAGCAUGCUAUCCAGUUACUCGAGAAAGAACUUUCAGAAGGAAGAGAGGGUGCCCACCAGUCGUUCCUCCUUUGUUGUUGAAAACCUAACUCCGCUUACGACAUACAUCGUGUGCGUGACCUGCCAGUCUGCAAACCCCUCCAGCGACCAGUGCAGAGUUUUUAACACACUGGAACGAGACCCAGCAUCUGCGAGCAACACUAAGAAAGAGCUGGCACUGGGCAUCUGGCUCACCAGCAGCGUCCUGCUCCUCAUCAUCGCUGCAGUCCUCCUCUACGGCUGCCUGCACCUCGUGUGCCGCAGGAGACGUGAGCGCUUGCAAGGGCCGAAUGAGACCUCCAAACAAGACCACGGGAAGGUGUGGACCAAAAGCACAGCGUACGCCUUGGAGGAGCUUGGCAGGCAGAGCCAACUGAUGCAGGACACUGAGGAAAAGCAUCCUGGUGGCAUCCAGCUAGCCACAAUCAUAGAGAAUCCUUCAGUGUGCAAGGAGCCUGUCAUGCCGACUUCCAAAAGCCAGGAACGAGUGCCAAUGACUGGACAGUGCUCUGCUAUAAAUUAG